AUGGUGGCAACAAGGCUGACAACUCAGCCCGAGGAACUGCAUACGUCUGACGCGCAUCGAGAACGCAUGUGGGCCGCACCCGCGCAACCGAAGUUGGAAGUAACGGAUUCCGUAGCGCGCCGCCAUACUGCCCGUAUCACCCUCCCGCGCUUUCCUAUUCGUCGCGCCUCCUUCUCCUCACGUUUCUGGUGGUCGCGCGCCCAUUUUCACCAGAAGAGCGUUCUGCCGUCCCUCCCCCCCCCCCCCCCCCCCACCAUCCCGUCGCGCGUGCAUUGCGCUCCCGCCGCCGCGCGCUCUUCGCACCGUCCAGCAGCGCGCGCGCCUGCCUUUCCUUGCGGCGCGCCCUGCCCUUCCUCAAUCCGCCCCCCCUCCCUCACCCUCCUCCUUUCCUCUCUCCUUUGUGCUUCCCCCCACUACCUCACCUCUUCCUCCUCCUAUUUUCUCUCCUCACCUGUUGCAGCUCGUAGCUACUUGUGGCGCGCCCUGCCCUUCCCACAAUCCGCCCCUUCGCCAUCCUCCUCCUCUCCUCUCUCCCACUCGUUCCCUCUCCACUAUCUCACCCCUUCCUCCACCUCUUUCCUCUAUUCAUCUGCUGCAGCUGGUAGCUGA